AACAUGUUGUUUUGGAGUGUCAGAAAAGGAGAUCUGUGAUCCAUUUGCAUAUAGCAGCAUAUUCAAAAAGAGAGAAAGAUGUGAGAACAAGAGUUAUUAAGAGACACAAAUAGCUGAUGGCUUCUUCAUGACAUCCUCAUUGGAAUGGCGGUGAGUAAAACGUAUACAGUAACACUUUAGGUUUCUUCUGUCUGACAGCUGCCUCCCUGUGUGCUGAUCUCAUGUUGCCAAGGAUACCUCUCUAUAGAGAUGCAGUCUCAAAGGCUUUGUGGAAACUCUUACCUUUAUGAUGCAAGAAGGAAAGACCAAAGUGAAGCAAACCACUCAGCCAGCACUCACCUGUUGGGGAAGGAACUGAAGACAGCAGAAGAAGAAAGAACAGUUUCACAGAAAAGGGAAAGUUAUUGCAUCAGGACAUGGGCUAUGAUCUGGAGAGGUUUGUGUGUUACGUGAACGAUGGCCUGCUUUGCUCAGUGUGUCGAGGCGUAUUGGAGCGCCCCCUCCAGGCACCCUGUGAGCACGCAUACUGCAGCAUCUGCAUCAGCAGCUGGGUGAUCCAGCAUCACUACUGUCCCGAGGACAGACAGCCAUUGGAAGUGAGCAGCCUGAAGCCCCUCUGCAGGUACAUGCGUAAUGACUUGAACCGUCUGCAGAUCCGUUGUGUGAACGCAGCACAAGGUUGUAAGGUGAUCUGUUCCUUGGAAAUCCUGGAGAAACACGAGGAUGAGUGUGAGUUUGGCAUCAUAUCCUGCAGUAACCCAGGCUGUUCUGUGCAGGUGGAGAAGUGGCGUUUGAAAGCCCAUCUGUCAAAGUGCAACUUGCGCUGCGGUGACUGUCGCAGUGCCUGUGGCCUCCUCUCCAUCGACAGGUCACAGUAUGACAGUGUUGUCAAGAUGGACACUAUUAGAGCAGAGAUGCUGUGUGUGGUGGAAGAGAUGAGUCGAGCACUGGAAUCUCAAUUGGACUCAAACAGGAGACACAUGAUGCAGCAACUUCUGCAGCUGAAGAACGAACUAGACAAGAUCAAGGAUCAGAUCGCUCAGAUGAAGUCUGACAUCCGUUUGAUGUUGGCAGUGGGAUGUUUUAAGAAGCAGGAGUGUCCAGUAGCAGAGCUGCAGAUAACCAGAAACCAGAAUUCUGCUGAACAGGCACCCAGGGAGUAGCAGCCAGCAGGAUGGGAACACAGUGAGCCAACAAGACUUCAGCAGAGAGUGGCAUCCUUGUUAGCCCACAUCAACUGUGAAUGUUAUCAGACUCACACUGGAGGAUCAAUCCAGAGCAGAUCAGUGCUGGACAGACUCUUGGUUGCACCUUCAUU